AUGAAAAUUGCUAUUGUCGGUCUUGGCGGAACGGGUAGUGCAGCACUUCGUCAUCUCGCUCGUUCAGGUCAUCAAGUUGUUGGCUAUGAACAAUUCCAUAUUGGACAUACGCAUGGCAGUUCUCAUGGUGAAUCAAGAUUGAUUCGAUAUAUGUAUCGUGAUCCUUUCUAUAUGCAACUAGUAGCCGAUGCAUAUCGACUAUGGGAUGAAUUAGAGAAGGAUGCACAAGAACAAUUGUUUGUCCGUUGUGGUGGUCUCUACUUUGGCCAUAAAGAUAAUCCUAAUAUUGCAGCUACAGAACGUUCUUUAAUCGAUGCGCAAUUGCCAUACGAUCGAUUCAAUGCCGAAGAAAUUAAACUUAAAUAUCCUGCAUUUAAGUUACAGCCCGAUGAAAUUGCAUUGUAUCAACAAGACAGUGGUUUCUUGCGUGCAACUCGAUGUGUUCAAGCGAAUAUUCGUUUGGCUAAAGCACAUGGAGCUGUUGUUCAUGAACAAACACCAGUUAAGGAAAUUGUUUCAUCAUCUGAAAACGGCAAAAUCUUGGUUAGAUGUUCGUCAGACAAUACUAUUGAUGAAGAAUUUGAUCGAGUAAUUGUUACAGCUGGUCCAUGGAUGACUCGUAUUUUCAAAGAUCUCAAUUUGCCACUUAAACUUACUCGACAACAAAUUGUCUAUCUUAAUAUAAAUGAUCAUGAAGAAUAUUUUCAAGCCGAUGGUACAUUUCCUGUAUGGGCAGAUUCUGAAACGAAUUAUUAUGGUUUUCCAAGUGAUGGUCAAAUCGACGGAAUCAAAUUAGCUUCAGAUAAUUUAGGUGAGGCUAUAACCGAUGUAGAUGCUCAUCGACGACCAGUUGACGAUGUCUAUAUCGAUCAAAUACGACAAUAUGCAGAAAAACGUUUUCCGAAUUUGGGCAAAACUGUAACACAUAGUCAAACAUGUAUCUAUACGAAUACACCUAAUGCUGAUUUUAUUGUUGAUCAUGUACCUAACCAACCAAAUGUUUUCUUAGUUAGUGGAUGUUCUGGACAUGGUUUUAAAUUUACUAUUCUAUUAGGUAAAAUUAUAGCCAUGAUGGCGAUUGGCGAUGAAAAAUACGAACGAGAUCUUAGUCGAUUUCAAAUUGCUAGUUUUAAAUCGUUUAUAGAAUCGGUAGACACUAAUUUGUUAAAUAAGCGAUAUUGA